UUUCUUAUUUACAAGACUCAUAAGAUCCACGUGUAACCUUAGGUGUCAGUUCGUUGGGUUUUUGAAGAUUCUUUUUUCACUUAUUGAAUGAUCAUUAUGAUCACGAGUGUCAAGGAACUUCUGAUCCGAAACGUUUCUUGUUAAAAACUUUCCAUUAUUUACGUUCUUCAAGAAAGAAAACAUUUUGCUUAAAAGCAUCAUAGAUUGUUGAUAAGAGGAGACUCUGUUUCAUCUGCCUCAUCGUUUUGAGCAACAAUGGCAGUAAUCAUUGAAUAUCAAAACUACUUCAUAUUUGUCCUCCUCUGCUUCUUUUCACUCCUCUUUUACCCUCUCUUCUUCAAGAAACCAAAGGACUCACAAGGUGGGUUUGAUUUGCCUCCAAGCCCUCCUUCUCUGCCAAUCAUUGGUCAUCUUCACCUGCUCCUCUCUACUCUAACCCACAAGUCCUUACAGAAACUCUCCUCCAAGUAUGGACCUUUCCUCCAUCUCCGUAUCUUCAAUGUCCCUGUAAUCUUUGUUUCCUCGGCUUCUGUAGCAUACGAGAUCUUCAGGGCACAUGAUGUGAACAUCUCUUUUCGCGGCAACCCUCCUGUCAAAGAGUCCCUCUUGGUUGGAUCUUCUGGCUUUUUCACCGCUCCUUAUGGCAAUUAUUGGAAGUUCAUGAAAAAGCUAAUGGUCACGAAGCUGCUCGGACCGCAGGCACUCCAGCGGUCACGAGGCAUCCGUGCAGAUGAGCUAGAACGGUUUUACAAGCACCUUCUUGAUAAGGCAAGGAAGAACGAGAGCAUUGAGAUUGGUAAGGAAGCAAUGAAACUCAUUAAUAACAGCAUCUGCAAGAUGUUUAUGGGGAGGAGUUGUUCUGAGGAAAAUGGUGAGGCAGAGAGAGUCAGAGGCUUGGUGACCGAAUCGACUGCCUUGACAAAGAAGAUCUUUAUGGCAAACAUGUUGCACAGGCACCUUAAGAAGCUCGGAAUAUCACUGUUCAAAAAGGAGAUAAUGGGUGUUUCUUGCAGAUUCAACGAAGUGCUGGAGAGGAUUCUUGAGGAAUACGAAGAGAAACUUGGAGCAGCUUACCGAGACAAAAAUGCAGAGUGUAAGAUCACUAGGAACCACAUUAAGUCGUUGUUCGUGGAUCUUGUCGUUGCAGGCACCGACACUUCAAGACAUGCAACACAGUGGACAAUGGCAGAGAUAAUUAACAAGCCUGCGAUUCUUGAUAAAUUAAGAGAAGAAAUCGAUUCUGUUGUAGGGAGAACAAGGUUGGUUCAAGAAACAGAUUUACCAAGCCUACCAUAUUUGCAAGCUAUUGUUAAGGAAGGACUGAGAUUGCACCCUCCCGGGCCUCUCUUUGCAAGGACAGCUCGAGAAGGGUGUAGGGUCGGAGGAUUUUAUGUACCCCAGAACACACCACUUGUUGUUAAUGCUUAUGCUAUGAUGAGAGAUCCUGAUACUUGGGAAGAGCCCAAUGAGUUUAAGCCAGAGAGGUUUCUAGGUUCAGGAAAAGAAGAGGAGAGAGAGCAUGGACUUAAGUACAUUCCUUUUGGUAGCGGAAGAAGAGGCUGUCCUGGAGUAAAUCUAGCUUACAUUCUUGUUGGAACGGCGAUUGGAGUGAUGGUACAGUGCUUUGAUUGGAAAAUCAAAGGAGAUAAAGUUAACAUGGAAGAGGCUCGUGGAGCACUGGUCUUGACCAUGGCUCAUCCCCUUAAGUGCAUUCCUGUUGCUCGAACCCCGUACAUGCAGUGUCGCGGUGAACUUAAAUGAAGACUUCAGCUUUCCAUCAUUUCACCUUUUCAUGUUUUGUUUCAUGUUUAGUGUCAGAGAUAGAAACAUGUUGUUGAUUAAUGUCAGAUAGCUGUCAUCAAUUAGUUAGGGUUAGUUAGCUAGCUAGUCACUUGGAUAGAUAGAGAUUUAUUUUGACGUUUUA